AUGGAGUCCGCCCGACGCUACCGAACUUCGGAGGGCACGGACUCUGUUGUGGCCAUGGAGUCCGUCGAUGCGCUCGACUUCGUCGACGUGGUGCCGGACUCCGUCGAGGAGGUGCCGGACUCCGACGUGGUGCUACCGGACUCCAUCGAGGUACUGCCGGACUCCGACCAGCUGGACGAGGUGGUGCACUGUCCUCGCUGCGGCACGUUCCAUGCCGGCGGCGUCUUCGGCGAAGCAUGCUACGAAGCUCGUCGCGAAGCUCGCAGGUGUGCCCGUUGUGGCCUUUUACAUGAGGACUACAAUCUCGCAGCAAGGGUGUGCGAUAAGAUGGAAAAAUUUGAUUGUGAGGUGUAUAUUCCUGAUGUGCACGAACUUCAAAUGAGAGGUGACACAAUUCUUCUUCCUGAGCACGUAAUGAAGAAGCUGGACGAACAAUACAAUAUGAAGAAACUGGAAGAACAAAAGCUGAAGCAACUGGAGUCACAAGCUAACGACGAGUGCAUACAGGAUCAGUAA